UAUAAUUCUAUAUUUGCAUUUACAUCAAUGGGAGGAAAGGUGGAUUUUUCUGUCAACAAAACAAAGGGACCUAGAACAUUCAGAUUGUCUGGGCAAAAUUAUCAUCAGAUUGGAAGCUUAUUGCCUCCGGAGGGAUCUUCUCCAAAAUUUGCACAAUUGUAUAUCUAUGAUACAGAAAAUGAGGUGGAAAAUAGAAUUCAUGCUAUCAGCCGUGGUGAAAUGAACAAUCAACUUCAUGCUGAAAUUGUGAAUGAGUUGAAGCAAAUGCUUGAUGACAACAAUAUUCUUGCAAAGUCAUUUAGAAUGGUAAGAGAUCAAUUUCAAACAGACCGGACCUCAAAUGUUAGACUUAGAUUGAUAGGGAAAAGAGGCUCUGAUGGAAGAAGAUACAAUUUACCAACAGUUUCAGAGGUAGCUGCUUUGAUCGUUGGAGAUUUUGAACAAACAAGGUCUGACAGAGAUAUCAUAGUUGAAAGCCAAUCUGGACAACUACAAAGGGUAAAUGAAUUAAAUGCAGCAUACUUAGGUUUGCAAUAUCCAUUACUAUUUCCGUAUGGUGAAGACGGAUACCGAGAAGAUAUUCCUUUAAAUGAUAUUGAUGAUUCGACCAGUGGAAGGAAAUGUGUUAGCACGCGUGAGUACUUAUCAUAUAAAAUUCAAGAAAGGAAGGAUGAAGUUCCAACAAUUGUGUCAGCUAGAAGAUUAUUUCAGCAAUUCUUGGUAGAUGGUUAUACAAUGAUGGAAUCUUCUCGAUUGAGGUUCAUUAGGCUUCAUCAAAAACAAUUGAGAGCACACUUUUAUAAAGGGUUACAAGAUGCUGUUUUACAUGGUGACAUAGAACCUUCUUCUCAAGGACAAAGAGUUAUACUCUCUUCCAGCUUUACGGGAGGUGCACGCUACAUGUUGCAAAAUUAUCAAGAUGCCAUGGCAAUUUGCAAAUGGGCGGGGUACCCUGAUCUGUUCAUCACAUUUACUUGUAACCCAAAAUGGCCAGAGAUUACUAGAUUUGUGGAGAGUAGGGGAUUAUCUCCAGAAGAUCGUCCCGACAUUUUAACAAGGGUUUUCAAAAUCAAGCUGGAUCGCAUGAUAAAGGAUCUACGCGACAAUAAAGUUUUUGGAGAAGUAAAAGCAGUGAUUUAUACAGUUGAAUUCCAAAAGCGAGGCUUGCCUCAUGCACACAUCUUGCUUUUUCUUCUGAAUAAAUACCCAAAUGUCGGAGAUAUUGAUGGAAUAAUUUCAGCAGAAUUACCAGAUAAAAAAGUAGAUCCUUAUUAUUAUAAUGUUGUUACAAAUUUCAUGAUGCAUGGUCCUUGUGGUACUGCUAGAAAAUCUUCUCCGUGCAUGCAAAAUGGUAGAUGCACAAAGCACUUUCCAAAAAAAUUUGUGUCAUCAACCACAAUUGAUGAAGAUGGAUAUCCAAUUUAUAGAAGAAGGGAUGAUGGUAGAACUGCAAAGAGAGUAGGUAUUGACUUGGAUAAUAGGUAUGUUGUACCACACAAUAGAUUUUUAUUAUUGAAGUAUGGUGCACAUAUUAACGUGGAGUGGUGUAAUCAAUCACGAUCCAUUAAGUACUUAUUUAAGUAUGUUAAUAAAGGAAAUGAUCGUGUCACCGCAGCUUUUUCUCAAAGUGUAAAUAAUGAAGACUCGGGGGUCGUUGAUGAAAUAAAUAUGUAUUGUGAUUGCCGAUACAUAUCACCUUGUGAAGCUGCUUGGAGAAUUUUUAAAUUCCCAAUACACCAUAGAGAACCAUCGGUAGAAAGGCUAUCUUUUCACCUACCAAAUAAUCAGACAGUCAUAUUUUCGGAUGAUGAUCCAAUUGAUGCAGUUGUCAAUAGACCAACCGUUAAGGAAUCUAUGUUUUUAAGCUGGUUUGAAGCUAAUAAGACAUUUCCUGAAGCAAGAGAAUUGACUUAUGCAGAAUUCCCUCUAAAGUUUGUGUGGAAACAAAAUCUAAAAAGAUGGGAAAAAAGAAGAACAUCUGCAUUUUCUAUUGGGAGAAUAUUCUUUGUUCCACCUGGAUCUGGCGAGCAAUAUUACCUUAGAUUGUUGUUGAAUGUCAUUAAAGGUCCAAAGAGCUAUGAGGAUUUAAAAAAUAUCAACGGUUGUGAUCAUGAGACUUUUAGAGAUGCAUGUUAUACUCUGGGUUUAUUAGACGAUGACAAGGAAUACGUGGAUGCUAUAAUGGAAGCAAGUAAUUGGGGAAUGGCAUCAUAUCUUAGGCAAUUAUUUGCUAUGCUACUUUUAUCAAAUUCAAUGUCACGUCCAGAAAGUGUUUGGCAAGCAACAUGGCAUUUACUAUCAGAAGAUAUCCUUCAUGAAGAAAGAAGACUAUUGGAUCACCCAGAAGCUGACCUAACAGAUGAAGAAUUGAAAAAUCGCUGUUUGCAAAAGCUUGAAAAUUUUUUGAAAGGUUGUGGAAGAAGUUUUCAGGAUUUUCCAACAAUGCCAAGGCCUGUUUAUAAUACGGAAGAAGUUGACAACAGUAAUAGAUUAAUACGGGAUGAAUUGCGUUAUAAUAAACGCGCUUUGGUGGAGGAACAUCAACAAUUAGUAAAGAAUUUGACAGAUGAGCAAAAGUCAGUUUAUGAAAAAAUAAUAAGAGAUGUGAAUGAAGACAAAGGUGGAUUUUUCUUUUUAUAUGGUUUUGGAGGAACAUGCAAGACUUUUAUUUGGAGAACUCUGUCUUCUGCCAUAAGAUCUAGAGGAGAUAUUGUGUUAACUGUUGCAUCUAGCGGGAUUGCAUCUCUGUUGUUACCAGGUGGUCGAACAGCUCAUUCAAGAUUUGUGAUUCCUCUAAAUGUAACUGAAGAUUCAACAUGUAAUAUCAAGCAAGGUACUCCUUUAGCAAAUUUAAUUAUUAAGGCAAAGUUGAUUAUUUGGGAUGAGGCACCCAUGAUGCAUAGAUAUUGUUUUGAAGCUCUUGAUAAAACUUUAAGAGAUAUUCUUAGGUUUAAAGAUGCAUCCAAUUUACACCUACCAUUUGGAGGUAAAACAAUUGUUCUUGGUGGUGACUUCAGACAAAUAUUACCUGUCAUUCCAAAAGGAAGUAGGCAAGAUAUUGUUAAUGCUUCUCUCAAUUCUUCUUAUUUGUGGCCUCACUGUCAACUCUUAAAGUUAACAAAGAAUAUGAGAUUGCAAGGUAAUGAAAUAGGGACACAUCUAGAUGAGUUGAGAGUUUUUUCAGAUUGGAUUUUGGCAAUUGGCGAUGGUAUAGUUGGUACUUCUGUUGAUGGCAAUGAAAAAGUCCAAAUACCAGAUGAUCUUUUGAUAAAACAAUCUGUUGAUCCAACAUCUGCAAUUGUAGAAAGUACAUAUCCGGAUUUCAACAGUCGUUGCAAUGAUAUAGGAUACCUCCAGCAGAGAGCCAUUCUUACUCCAACUCUUGAUAUGGUGGAAUCAGUCAACGAAUAUAUGAUUUCGCUUAAUCAAAGUUCUGAGAAAUCAUAUUUGAGUUCUGAUACAAUCUGCAGCUCUGACAAUACUUAUUCAGCACUGGAACAUGUACACACUCCUGAAUUCUUAAAUACAAUUAAAUGUUCUGGAGUUCCAAAUCAUGCUCUUACUCUAAAGGUUGGUAUUCCAGUAAUGUUAUUAAGAAAUAUUGAUCAGUCAGCAGGAUUAUGUAAUGGAACAAGGUUGAUCAUAACUAAACUUGGAAAUCAAGUCAUUGAAGCCAAGGUUUUAGCAGGACAGAUGGCUGGACAGAAAGUGUUUAUUCCAAGAAUGACAUUGACUCCAUCUGAUGCUAGAAUUCCAUUUAAGUUCCAGCGAAGACAAUUUCCAAUCAUUGUUUCUUUUGCCAUGACAAUCAACAAAAGUCAAGGACAGUCAUUGUCUCACGUGGGAUUAUUUUUGAAGAAACCAGUUUUUACACAUGGACAACUAUAUGUUGCUCUUUCUCGGGUGACAAGCAGAAAAGGAUUAAAAAUUUUGGUUUGUGAUGACGAUGGGCAAAUAACUACUGAAGCUACAAAUGUUGUAUUUAAAGAAGUUUUUCGAAAUUUAGUCUGACACUCGAAAGAUAAUCAAUAUCUUUUUGGAGGUUUAAGUACUACUUUUGUUGCUGAGAUUCAUUAACCAACUGCAAAAAAUUCCUGUUGAUGUGAUUUCUGAAACAUGUAAUAGAAAAAAUUGUUAUUUGAUUAUCUGAUCGACAUGAGGAGCAUGGGAGAAAGGAUUAUUCAUCAUGUAGAGCUCUGCAGUUUGGUGGCAGAGUAACAGUACCUAACCUAAACUGAUCUUUAUUGUUAUCUUCAUUAAAUUCAUUGUGAUUAGUUAGUUGUUUAGACGUGCAAAAUACUGGAGGCUCAACUAUGUCUAUCUCGGGUGUUAUCGCCUUUCCGUGCAGAGAGUGGUGAUAAGGAACUGUCUGUUCAUCCGAGACACACCAAAUUUAUUGUGACUAGAAACAACAGAACCAAGAUUGUUUUGGUCGGGCUUCAGGGAGUUGUCAAAUAUGUUGUUGGGCUAAGUGGUUGUCAUUGACUGGUCUGUUAAAGAUAUCAAUAAGCAUCAAAUUAUUAGACAUGAAGCAGCCAAACUAUUCUUUCUCAAAGCAGAUGUGGAACACAUUACACUUCUGAAGAGUUUUCGAAGUAGGAAUCAUGGAGAUGGAAAAAAGCAACAGAGAACAUUAUGAAUAUAUAGUGGCGCAAGGGAAAAUUGUGCAAAAACACACUGGAAAUCGUCUUGAUACAACCAAUGGGUUGCUAGAGGCAAAAUGGAUUUUUGUAAUGAGCAACUCAAAAAACUCUAUGCAGCCGAGAAGAAGAGAGGAAUAUAUCAUCAUUCCAGCUUUCUUGCUGGUGGGGCUACAUUAGCAGCUGGAAGACUAGGGGUAACAAAUGAGAUACUUAAGGGUGAUCGUAUACAUGCUUCAAUCGGAAAGUAUGUUGUUAAGUUUUUUAGGAACAAGAUACAUGAACUUCGCUUAUAUCGUAUGAACUACUUUGUAGUCGGACCAAAUAAUUUGAAGUUGAGGACUACGGCACACAACCUGAGGCUGACAUUUACUCAAAAGACAUUUGUUGAGGAAACAAAUGACCCUUCAUUUCAUAUGAACAUCUUUAGAUAGCCCUAACAACAAAUUCAUAGAGAUAGCCCGAUAGGAUUCACCUAUUUUUCUUUUCGUUUAAUUUUUUUUAAUG